AUGAAUGGAACGACCAGACCCAAACAAAAUUGUCCAGAAUGUGAUCAAAAACUUGGACCCGAGGAAUUAAAAGCUAUAAGCUUAGCAUGGGAUAAAGCACCUUUUAAGGUUGAUAUCGAUAGCAUUGGCAGCGUAGUACCAACAAAUCAACCGUCUGAUAAUUCUCAAGGUGCAGCAGCGGCAGGAGUUAUUUACAUAGCUUCUUUGGAUGGGACAAAACGUACAUUCCAAAUCAAAGAUAUAAAGACCAUUGUCGCUUUACGAGGUUUGAUUAAAAAUGAAUUCAAAGUUGACCCUAUGAAACAAAAAUUGAUUUUUAAUGGAAAAGAAUUGCAGGAUUAUACUGAUUCGAGACAGAGCACAUUAUCAGAUUUCGGUGUAGUGCCUGGCCAUCAAAGAAUCACUGCAAAGCUUGAUCAAUUACCACCAGAAGUAACCCAACUUUAUUUUAUACUUUCAUCAUACUUGGCACCAACAAUUAGCAAUUUUCCUUCAAAAAAUUUCAAAAUGUAUGAUGAGGCUACACCUGACAAAGAAUUGGUAAAAUGUACAUUUGACAAUGCAAACAAUAGUCAAGCUGUUAUAAUGUGUUGUGUACGAAGAGCGCGUGAUGGAAUGUGGGAAGUAAUUCCAAUAAAUAGGGCGGUAGGUGGAAAUGUCAAUAAUUAUGAUUUGAUUGAAAUUGGAAUUGGCGAAGUUGGAUUAAUGUAUUAA